GGGAGUAGUCACUCUGGUAACUCUUAGUUCUCACUCAGAGGUAUCAAGUCUGAAAAAGGAAUCUGCCUCCAAAAAUCAAAGAGGAUAAGAACACAACUCUCACAGGUCGAUUUUUUUUAAAAACGUUUUUUUCAAGAAUUUUCUCAGACACGGACAAGAUGUCCCAGCAUGCAGCUUUGACCGGCCUUUUUGGCGAUGACCCUUUCUUCAGCCAAGAUCAGCCGCUUUGGCCGCUGCGGCAGGAGUCCCUUCCCUCACUGCAGCAAGACUUUUUCAACCAGAGAACCAAGCUGGCGGACAGCCUCCUGAGGGAGCUCCAUGAUGGGACUCACCUGACUAGACUCUGCCAGUUUCCCUUCUUUUCUAACACUUUGGCGAGGCUUAGUGAUGAUAAGCAGCAGAGAGAGACUUCUAGCACGGAGCUACAGAAGAAUAACAAAGAUGACCUCCUGGUGACCCUAGAUGCCCGUGGUUAUUCCCCCAAUGACAUCACUGUCAAAGUGGAGGGGCGGAGCCUUGCAGUGGUUGCCAUGAAGCAGGCUGGAGCAGAAGAGACACAGUCUCGCUCUUCCUCUUCCUCCUGUGCUUCGUUCUGCUCCUCUGCCUCAUCAAAGACGGGAUUUGUCCAGAAGAUUGACCUGCCCGCUCACCUGGAUCUGUCUGGCCUCUCCUGCUCCCUGAUGGAUGACGGACAGUUGCGUAUCCAUGCCCCUGCUGCCAAGCAACUUAGCAGCGGGGAGAGCGAAGGGCCCAUUCGCUUCAGGUCAUCGCUGGAGUUUCCCAUUACCAAAGAAAAGACAGAGGAGGAACACAAAGACUAAUGCACUAACUUACAUAACAUUCAUACUGAAACAUUUUUUAAUAAGCAAACAUACAGGUUUUGACAAUCACAACCACAAUUGAAUUAAAAAA